GACUGGCACCCCUUAGAUCUCCUCUAUUUACCCUCACCAUCGCAUGAUGUGGGAGCCAGAACCCCCGCGACCGUUCCCAGCGUACUUCCUGCAAGAAGUAUUUACCACAGCGCCGAUUUACGACCUCAUUUUAUGCGAUCUGAGCCCUCGUACCCUCGUAUGGCUCUCGCACACAUGUCGUCGUGCACAUGAGGCAGUAACUCACUUUGCCUGCCGUGCGUAUAACAUCAAUCGACACUUGUCUCGUUAUUUCCCAGAUCCCAUUGCAUUUCGAUCCCUCCAAGCACGCACCGGACUAGUCAUUUCGGGCUCCAAUGCGUUGCAGUUUCUUGAUAGGAGCUUUUAUCCCGAAUCAGAUCUUGACCUCUACGCUCAUCCUGGUCACGUUUACGAGGCGCUGGAGUGGCUCGAAUCUGUUGGGUAUAAAUUCCAACCUGAUGCGUGGCGGGGACAACUGGAUUGGCGUGAUGAAGUUUCAGCUGACUGGGACGGUACAGCAAGAAGAAUCUCCGACCUUGGAGAAAUGAUGAUCGAUCUUCAACCAAACAUGGAGUACUCUGAGGUCGCAGGUGUAUACACCUUCACGCGGUCUGUAGCUAUAGACACAGAGACUGUAAUACUCAAGGUUCAAAUCAUUGCAGCGAAGUGCAAUCCUAUCCAGACUAUCACGCAAUUUCAUUCAACUUGCGUGAUGAAUAUCAUCACGUUCGAUGCAGCUUAUUCCUUGUACCCUGUUGCAACCUUCGAGGAGCGAAUGGCUAUCCAAAUCCCUGGGUCGAACCGCUUGGAUGUUGUAAAAAAGUAUGUGCAGAGGGGUUGGAGAGUUUUUGCAGUGUUCGGGCCGGAACAUGUCACUCAUCCCCAACUCUUUCUUCUGAACGAGAAGAGGUGGGUGGGUGACCGUCACUGUUGGUCUAUUCCUCUGGACACUACGGGGGUCACGCCUCGCCCAGCAUUGUCCCUAUCCUCGGAAUGCUUCUCCUGGGACCCCUCAAUCCAGAAUGGUUGGAUAAUGGAGUGCGAAGGCGAUUCCGCUGCUACCCAUGUACCAAGAAUGCGCACUCAUCUAGUCAUGAUCACCGUUUUCCGUUACAACUAUUGCUUUUCUGACAAAAAGCUUGCCAAGGCAAUUCGUGACUGGUCGAUUUCCCAGGGCCAACUUAACCAUGGACAAUUAACAAAACAGAACUGGAUAUGGUUCGACGCUGAAAUUCCAAGGUUCCGGGCGGUGCAGAGUUCUCAUGAGUAGAAAGGUUCGAAAUGCGGAAGAUGAAACAUCUAUUGUCGGGCAUGAAAUUUUUAUGACAGCUGGCUACUGAAUUUCAAAAUGCAAACCUUGCCCAAGGCUUUGUUGGUCGGGCAUGAGGUGAGGCCUUGAUGUCGAUCGUAGUGUCAAGACAAAAGUGCUCAGCAUCCGAGGCCGCGCCCUCUUAUGUACGGACUUUGUCCAUUUCAAUCCAA